AUGGGUUCGUAUUUAUCUAUAAUCUUGCUUAUUUUUUACUUUGCUAUUCUUCUAAUCCAUGCUGCACAACAGGAAGCCAAUACAGUGCAACACGGUGACGGGGCCGCUUACCCUAAUGUGAAAGAGCGUAUCUUGGAAAAAUAUAAAUCAAAGCUCCCAGACGAUUACACCAAGGAUGACCUUUCAGAGGAUCUCAAGAAGGAAGGGGUAUUAAGAGUGUUGACAAGAAUGCGCUGUAGUCUUAGUAAAAGAAACGCAUUUGUUUUAUUUUUUGAGUACUUGAUGUAUUUAGAACUGACGUACUAUGCCAUGAUGGAGAGUUUGAGAAAUUGGUUUUACGACAUCUCUGAGGCGAAUAAUUUGCCUGAUGAGUACAAGUUACAGUGGUGGGAAGAAUGCAAGAGGGAGCUUCUGCGUGACUUGGAAUGUAUCGAAGAGGAGUGUGAGAAAUCCUUCAGCAACUGUCUUGAUAAGAGAAAAGGGAAAAAUGUAUGGGUCGCAUCAUUCCGGAAUUUGUUAAUUCGCUUGAACAAAGAAGCGCAUGAUAGUAUUUUCCAAAAGAGGAAUAAAGGGGUGAGUAUUUUAACCGAGAGAAUGGACAGCUACAAUGGAGGCGCAACAGGGAAGCCUAGUACUCAAGGAAAAGAAAAGGCAGACGUAGGAACAAACAAGGGAACAACAGAGGACAAAAAGGAAAAGGGAAAGAAAGAGAAGAAGGAAAAAGAACAUCGUAGGGAAUAA